AUGGACUCAACAAACGGCACAACCCAGGUUCUGGGACAGUAUAUGCACCCCGUUGUCGACCAAAACUCCGAGCGAGGAGACCCUUGGCAGCGAAACUACGGCGCGCCUCCCCCCAUGGGCGAUCUUGUUCCGCGAACCUCACCACUAAUCGAUAUCCGCCCAUUGCUUUCUGACCCAGGGUACACCGCUGUCGGGCAUCUCAAGAGUCAUGGGUUCGGGGUCGUCAAGCACCGCUCGGCGUCUCUGGAGUCAUGCUAUACAGACAAGGGAGAGAUAGACGAGGAAGCUGCGGCGAGCGCGUAUUACCCCGAAAUCAAGGAACUAGUUGCAAAGACUCUUGGCGCAAAAUACGUCCAUGUUACGCAUAGUGUCUUUCGGCGAGGUGCAAGAGCGCCAGAGCCGUUCAAGAUGCCAACGGGCUUGAAGCCAUUACCGUCCGUGACUGCAACAGGCGGCAGCAAACAGGGGGACAAGGAAACUUCUACAGAAAAGGCCGAGGAGAAGCCAACGAUACAGGCUCAGCAAAGCAAGCCGGCAGACUACUGGUCAUCUCGACCGCGCAUGUCUACGUCGACACCAGCACGCGUCCCCCAUCUCGACUUCACACCGAUUUCUGCACGGCGGACGCUCCGCUUCCAGAGCCAAGAGAUCUACAAGACAGCCGUGGAAAGAGGCAUGAUCGCGGCCGAGGACACAAUCUGCCAGAACCACCCGUUUCGACCGUCCGACAAGGAAUCAGACUCCCUCAUCGCUGAGCAGUACAACCACUCCGAGAGCGGUCGACUUGGACCCAGGUACGCUGCGUAUAGUAUCUGGCGGCCCCUGAAGAAGGUUGCCCGCGACCCCCUGACGUUCUCGCCGCGAAAGGAGAUGCCCGUCAGUGCCGACUGCGGCAUGGUACACUGGCAAUAUGAGAACAAGGUCCCCGGGCCCCCGGAGCUAGGCGGCGACUGGCUAAAGGAAUUUGCCAUGCUCGGCGUGAAAGCGAAGGAAGUGCCGCCGGAGCAGAGUCCUCGGCAUGCGAACACUUGCUCAAAGUGGUACUACGUGUCGGCGCAGGAGACCGAUGAGGUCUUGUUCGUCCAGCUCUUUGAUAGUGCAUCACUGGGCGUUGAUUCCCAGCACGCAGGUGCCCCGUGGCAUGCUAGUCCUGAAAUCGGCGCCGCUGCUGGCGAUGAGCCCAGGGAGAGUAUUGACGUUCGUGUCGUUGUCCUCUGGUAA